AUUAACGACGAAUGAAUGUUAACGGUGCUGAACCGUUGUUAAAUUUUAAAUUGCAGACUUGCAGUUUUGAAUUUGAAAAAAAAAAUAAAUAUUUGCAAAUUACUUGUUGCGACACUAGUGCCCUCUGACAUUAGCACAACUUGCCGCUAGAGGAGGACUCCAAGAUUUUUUUUAUCAAACCGUGCACGAUUUUGUUCCAGUGAUCUAUCUCAUUUUCUGUGGCAUCUGUUUUUGUUUUGUGUCAUGUAAAUUUUCCAAACAAAAACAAGGUCGGAAAAGAGUUCAUUUUCUGCAACUUCUACACUUCCAUUUUUGAAUAACUGACUCGUUAAGGUGUGAAGAAGGAGGCAAAACAUGAAAUGAACUGAACAGUGGAUUUAAUUAUUGAUGCAAUUUCAAAAAUCGGAAAUGGACCGCCUUUUAACUGAAUGGCAUCUUAACGAAUCUCUCCAGAACAGGCACCCUAUGCAUUAUGCAGCAAAAAAGGGGAAUAUUGAAGUAAUGAAAGCACUUAUUAGUCGGGGCUAUGUAGUGAAUUGCAUGACACCAACAGAACUAGUCACUCCUUUACAUGAAGCAAGUUCAAAAGGGAAUGUAGCUGCUGUGCAGUUCUUAAUAGAAGAAGGUGCAUGGAUUAAUGCCAGAAAUAUUGAUGGUGCAACUCCACUGUGUGUGGCCUGUGCUGCAGGCCAAACAGAAGUAGCCAAGUUGUUGAUUGAAAGUAAUGCUUCUGUGAAUCCCACAAUUCUGAUUGACCCUUUAAAUUCACCUCUUCAUGAAGCAGUGAUGAAAGGUCAUAUUCAAUGUGUGAAACUCUUAAUAUCUAAAGGAGCAAAAUUGAAUGCUGCAGAUCGACACUAUGGAACACCUCUUCAUGCAGCAUGUGUUGCUUACAAAAUUAAUUUAGACUGUAUUUUGUCAUUGAUACAAGCAGGUGCUGAUGUCAAUGCCACAAUAGUACAUAAGGCUCCUCUUCAUAUUGCUGCAUAUCGUAACCUGUUUUCGGUGGUGCAGUUGCUGCUGAAUUAUGGUGCUGAUGUAUACAUGAGAGACAACUUGGGAAAACGUCCUAAAGAGUUGGCUAAACCCAAUUCAGCUGUUAAAAGGCUAUUGCAUGAUUAUGAAAUCAAUCCCAGAACUCUUAGUGAUUGCUGUCGGUUAGCAAUUCUUCAGUCUUUUGUUGUAGGGAAAAAUUCAAUGGUCAUUAAACAAUUAGGACUUCCGAAGAAGAUUAUACAAUUUAUUUUCAGUUGUUAGACAUCAAGAACAAUUUCACUUUUCUGCUCUACAUAAUCCUUCUCUAUAACUUCAACUAAAUUUGAUUUAACACUAGAUCCUGGAAAUUUGAUAUUGUUUUCAUCAAUGGGGCCAUGAUUUGUUUCUGUGCCUAAAUUUGUUGAGGGGACUGAACAGUCUGAGUCUGUGUCUUCAUAGAGGGCUACAUCCUAUUGGGAAAGCAAUUAAGAGUUUAACCUUUUGUAUAGAUUCAGCAUUAAUUUAUGUGAAUACAAACCAUUUCUAUUA